CAAUCGUUCACAAAAACUAUAGUUUGACAAAACAGAGGGCGCUAAAGUUUUUCAUUCGUAUUGGGUGUUGAAGUGGAUAGAAUAAUUUUGUAAUUAGCAAAUCACAUUUAAAAGCAAUAUGGCCAAUUACCUGAUGCGCCGUGCACUGCUAGAAGCAGUCCGCGUACCUGCUGGAGCCAGGUCCGUCAGCGAACUCGCAAAGGUUGGAAACCGCGAGUGGGUGGGUUACGGGUACAAUGGACAGCCCAACUACGCUGACAGGCCCGACUUCCCCCUGCCCGCUGUUAGGUUCCGCCCCGACACCCCUGAUAUCAAGAUUCUCCGCGAAAAAGAAAAGGGAGACUGGCGAAAACUGACCCUCGAAGAGAAAAAGGCGCUAUACCGCGCGUCCUUCUGUCAGACUUUCGCCGAGUUCCAAGCGCCCACUGGCGAAUGGAAGGCGGUCGUUGGAUGGGGUUUGGCAAUCGCUUCCAUCUCUGUCUGGAUCUAUAUGGGCAUGAAACUCUUUGUGUACAGCCCUAUACCGGAGACGUUCAGCGAGGAGCGCCAGAAGGCGCAGCUGCGGCGCAUGCUCGACCUCAAGGUCAACCCGGUGGACGGGCUCGCGUCCAAAUGGGACUACGAGAACAACCGCUGGAAGUAAGCUGGCCCGCUAUGGCUCUGUGGUGCUAUGUCUGCGGCCGGCGCCUCGCUUCCUCGGCAAUAGAGUAGACAAUGUAAUAUAAGCAAACAAUAACUUAACUCUGUAAGAUAUGUAAUAAAUGUGAUUCCAAUCAG